AAAGCAACAACGUAAUUUUGAUUUUUUUUUUAAUUGGGCCAUAUUUGACUAAAACUCUCCGGCAAUCAGCUGAAGAGUUUGGGGCAUUUCUCCCUAAAAUAUAAAAUACGAUAGAAAGGAAAAAUGCGGAAGAAAGCCACGUACAAAAAAGCCGCAUUAACAGCUGUUAACACAUUUCCAGCAAAAAGCAGUGCCGAGUUUAAGGUGACGACACAAACAACGACACCGGCUGGGAAAGGACUCGGAAAAGCUGGAGCCAGACGUCUGGGCCAACUUCUGAAACGAGCCACCCAGGACCAGGAGGCCCAGGGGGAGGAAAAGGCUUCUCUGCCGAAAACUCCUGUUCGUCUUUUCAAGCAUCGGAUUCAAAUUGCAGCUGGGAAUUCCAGCAGGACCCACACGGCAAAGCCACACUUGCCUCACAUCCACCGCCUAAUCCUCGAUGCGGUUUCCCAAUGCAAACUCCAAGGUGGCAUCUGCAUGGCCGAGCUCAGGCAGUUGCUGGCUGCUGGAGGCUUCGAUGUCACCCACAACAACUGUCUGGUUACUCCAAGGCUGCUUAAGAAAGAGACAGCACUUCAAACUACAAGGAUUUCAUCAUUCAGGCUCAACAAUAUGAAACAGAUACACACAAAGCAAGUAAGGAUGAGUAAUGUGCAAACCCCAAACUCAAAAACGAAUUUGAGGCAGAGAGCUAGAAUGUCAAGAGGAGCAGAAACGUCACAAAGGCAGGCCAAAAGGACUCUCAGAAAAGCAACCCAAAAACUAACUCUGAAGACUAGCAAAGCUGCAGCCAAAUCACAUAAACCAAGAAGGAUGAGACCCCAACCCAAAGGAAAACCACCCAGGCCUGCAGGAAAGAAAAGCAGAUCAACAAACAAGCAGCCCGGGUUCAAAAAGUAGAGGACCAAUAGACGUCCACAUCAAACUCUCCAGAGAAGACAGCCACCAAGACUAAAAACACGACGACUGGGUGUGAGGAGAAAAGCUGGUUACUACUAGCAUUUAGUGAUUUUUGGUGAGAGGUACGAAGACUUUUUAAGCAAUAUGAAAUUGUAUAUUUUCUCAGAUGACUGCUCAGUUGAAAAUGACCCCUUCAUUUGGUUGUACACUUAGGUUCCGGGUUCAUAGGAUAAACCAUGUGCUGAA